CGUUACAGUUUUAAAAACAGAAUAGUUCUACAGGAAGCCAGCCGGUUUCCUAUCUCAAAAUGAUGUGUUUGUUUACUUCCUUUAUUCUAGUUGCUUUAUGUCCCUCUUUUCGUUGUCAAAACAAAAACUGCUGUAUCGAGUUGCAUGUCGAACGCGUACUUCGCAAAGGCAACCGAAGUAAACAGAAUUAAAAUUUUAGAAAUUCGCUGACUCCGCUUUAAUUUACCUGGUAAAAGAUGAUUUGUGUGGAAUCUCAGGCCGUCAAUCAUAUGAACUCUGCCCGUGAAUAUGGCUCGGCCAACAACCAAAAUGACAGCGAUAUUGAAAAUAAAUAUGAAGAACAAAGUAACGAGGACGAGAACACUACUGCGGAAGUAUUUGUGCGUCUAACUGACAUGGUUCGAAGACACUACUGUGGUUACCUUGAAAAGCAGCUACUGGAGAAUGUUCAGACUUGGCGCGAAAAUAAAUCGCAGCCUGAGCCAGAAGCAGCCACCGACCUGCAACUCAAAGAGCAAACUGCACUGAAGGAAUGCUGUCGCGUGCUUGAGGAUAAGGCUUUGAAGGCGUGUAUGCAUGCCCGACGCUACCAGCGCAGUAUGUUAAAGAUAAUUGCAGAAGUGAGACGCAGUACACAAGAAUUUCGUUUAGAAGGCCAAUUAAGAAAACUAAUUGCUACUGGUGAAGAUCCUACGAUCUCGACCGAAGUUGCGCAUCGACAAAAAGCAACACAAACGGAUGAAAGCCUGCUCUGCUCUAAUGAAUCUUCCAGAGGACCAGUGACUGAUAAUGACAUCAGUUUAUCGCUGCAGCAGAAGAUUGAAAUGUUUCAAGAGCGUCUCAAUCAAGAAGCAGCGUUGAAAGUAGCUGCGACACAUAAAGAAUGUUACAAAAGAGCCUCACGCCACUCCACACAUAAUCCCUCAAAUCAUAGGCUACAUGUGCGGCAUCACCAAAAGCAUAGUAGACGUAGUUCGAACAAUAGCAGUAAAGUUUCACGAUGCAUAGAGCUAUAUGAAAACGAUGGAAGAACCAAGCCUGCUUCAAAUGUAACAACAGUUUCAAUGAAGCACGAUGCCGUCAGAGAAAAUACUGAUUCGGAAGCAAUGCCACCGCCUAGUUGCGAAAGUGCCGAAACGACGCACAACACUAUACCCGCAGUUAAUUGCCCCACCGUACCACAAAGUGCAGUUGACGACGACUUACUGGAGCAGGAUGAUGAAAUUGCUAAGGAACUCGCGCAGCUUUUCAGCGAAGAGAAAUCUGAAUUGGAGGAGCUGCUUGGCCUUAAUACAAACUCAGAAAUAGACGAUCCACAAGUACGGAGCGUACUCGAAGAGAUUGAGAAGGCACCACUAUCACGCGAACUGAAACUUAGUACUGCAUGCAGUGCUGGCCAACACAUGGGCUGUUCGCCAGAGAAACAACAACGGCAGACAUCGCCUAUAAAAUUAAAUGGUGCGCUGCAUAUUUCUGCAUCACCUUUUGUAGAAUUUCAUGAUCAAACUAGUUUGCCACAUUACCGUCCAUCCUCGAGUCAUAGUGAACGACCAGUUAAAAACUUGCGGCACAGCCUAUGGCCAUGCGAAUUGUUUAUGCAACGUCGGCGGCUUACGACUUCAUUAAGUCGUUUAAUUGAAGAAGAUUUUCGCUGGCAUGAACUGAUCAAAUGGAAAUUCGAUAUGCUAUUCGGUGAGGAUAGCGAUGAUGAAUUUUCCACUUGCAGUCCAUCAAUCGAAUUAGAUGAAGUACUUAUCUGCAGUUGUAUACGUCGCAUCUCACCGUGGAUGGUGAAGCAUUUGAUGAAACCGAUGCAUGACGGUUUGAUAGCCAAUCGUUACCUGUUUAAAAAAUUGGCAAAGCGUCUUGCGCAUUCAAUUGUUGUGGAAAAUCAAUAUCCAGGUGAGUGGGAAUUAAGAGUUAAAAAUCAGUUUUUCUAAUAAAUAAUCAUUAUUUACUCCAUUAAAUCGGUGGAUAAUACGUUUUAGUGUAAGCUACUUAAAAACGUAUAAAAAAAUAUAAUUUCGAAAGAAAUGUCUGUUACUAUCUCUGUAACUUCGUUAAAAAAUGUAUUGAAGAAUGAGCUUUAACAGGAAUAAUUCGAA